GCGUCGGUGGGCGGGGCUCGGGGGUAGGUAAGGUUUUAAUGGGACUCCAUUGGGCUGUAAUCAGUGUCAUGUCGGAUUCACGUUAAGUACGACGGGGCGAAACAAAAUGGCGGCGUAGGUUGCACCUUUCUUUGUGAGGAUGUACUCCUGUCAUCAUGAAUGAAUCCUGUCUACGUUUCCGAUUUGGUCAAGUAAUUGGAAGCUUCAGUCAGCAGAUAUUCCCCUACCUUUUCUGACUCCUCAGGAUGGAUAUUUUUGAGAUGAAUCCAAGUGGUGUGUGGAAUCCUUUGGUUUGUGUUUGAGGUGUGAACGGCCUCCCAACGAUCUGCUGAAAGUAUAAGGAGGAACCUCUAUGGGUAAACCAUUACUGGUCAACCAUGGUAAAACUUGCCAACCCACUUUAUACGGAGUGGAUUCUUGAAGCUAUACAAAAAGUUAAAAAGCAAAAGCAGCGUCCAUCUGAAGAGAGAAUAUGUCACGCUGUUUGCGCUUCCCAUGGAUUAGAUAAGAAGACUGUUUCGGAACAGCUGCAACUUAGUGUUCAAGAUGGUUCUAUUCUUAAAGUUACCAAUAAAGGCCUUGCAUCUUACAAGGACCCAGAUAAUCCUGGACGGUUUUCAUCUGUUAAACCUGGCACUAUUCCGAAAUCUGUUAAAGGAUCUAGAGGAGCUUGUAAUGAGCUUCGUAACGUGGAUUGGAAUAAACUGUUGCGAAGAGCAAUUGAAGGGCUUCAAGAACCAAGUGGCUCCUCACUGAAAAACAUAGAGAAGUAUUUGAGAAGUCAAAAUGACCUAGCAAAUAUUUUCAACAAUCCUGCCUUUCAGCAGAGAUUGCGGCUGGGGGCCAAACGCGCUGUGAACAAUGGCAGAUUACUGAAGGAUGGACCUCAGUAUAGAGUGAAUUAUGGUGGCUUGGAAAGCAAAGGAGCUCCUAAAUAUUCCAGUGGUUUCCCAGCUUCUCUUCCACCUGUCAGCCUUCUACCCCACGAAAAAGACCAGCCACGAGCUGAUCCCAUCCCGAUAUGUAGCUUUUGUUUGGGAACAAAAGAGUCAAAUCGUGAAAAGAAACCAGAAGAGCUGUUGUCUUGUGCAGACUGUGGCAGCAGUGGACAUCCGUCAUGUUUGAAAUUCUGUCCCGAGUUAACAUCAAAUGUGAAGGCCUUAAGGUGGCAGUGUAUUGAAUGCAAGACAUGCAGUGCAUGUAGGAUCCAAGGCAAAAAUGCAGAUAACAUGCUUUUUUGCGACUCCUGUGAUAGAGGGUUCCACAUGGAGUGCUGUGACCCACCACUUUCCCGAAUGCCAAAAGGGAUGUGGAUUUGCCAGGUCUGCAGACCAAAGAAGAAGGGGAGAAAGCUACUUCAUGAGAAAGCUGCCCAAAUAAGGCGACGAUAUGCAAAACCUAUCGGACGACCGAAAAAUAAACUAAAGCAACGAAUGUUGUCUGUAACCAGUGAUGAAGGAUCCGUGAAUGCAUUCACAGGAAGGGGGUCACCUGGUAGGGGUCAAAAGACUAAAGUCUGUACCACACCUUCAUCUGGUCAUGCUGCAUCUGUGAAGGAUUCAAGCAGCAGAUUGCCUGUUACAGACCCCACUCGGCCUGGUGCCACCACCAAAAUCACCACCACCUCCACCUACAUAUCUGCCUCUACACUUAAAGUUAACAAGAAAACCAAAGGGCUUAUUGAUGGCCUUACUAAAUUCUUUACCCCAUCACCUGAUGGUCGCAGAUCACGAGGUGAAAUAAUAGACUUUUCAAAGCACUAUCGUCCAAGGAAAAAGGUCUCUCAGAAACAGUCAUGCACUUCUCUUGUGUUGGCUACAGAUACUGAAAUCAAACUAAGCAUCAAACAAGAAAAUACAGAUGUAUAUCUGGUGGGAAGCAAGGACACGGUUACGCAGGAGGAUUUGGACGUAUUUAAACAGGCUCGGGAACUUUCCCUGGAGAAAAUUGGGUGUAAAAACACUGGUGAAACAAGUGGGCGAUACCCUUCAGUGAUUGAGUUUGGAAAAUAUGAGAUCCAGACUUGGUACUCUUCACCUUACCCACAGGAAUAUGCAAGACUACCAAAGCUUUACCUGUGUGAAUUCUGUCUUAAAUAUAUGAAAAGUAAAAACAUUCUGCUAAGGCAUUCAAAGAAGUGUGGCUGGUUUCAUCCUCCAGCCAAUGAAAUCUACAGAAGAAAUGACCUGUCAGUGUUUGAGGUUGAUGGAAACGUGAGCAAAAUUUAUUGUCAGAAUCUUUGUUUGUUAGCUAAGCUCUUUCUGGACCACAAAACCUUGUAUUAUGAUGUUGAACCAUUCCUCUUCUAUGUUCUUACAAAAAAUGAUGAGAAAGGAUGCCAUUUAGUUGGAUAUUUCUCUAAGGAAAAGCUUUGCCAGCAGAAGUACAAUGUCUCCUGCAUAAUGAUCAUGCCCCAAUACCAAAGGCAAGGAUUUGGAAGGUUUCUCAUUGAUUUCAGCUAUUUACUUUCUAGAAGAGAGGGUCAAGCAGGAUCCCCUGAAAAGCCAUUAUCUGAUCUGGGUCGUCUUUCUUAUUUGGCUUAUUGGAAAAGUGUAAUAUUAGAAUAUCUUAACUGCCACCAUGAAAAGCAAAUCAGCAUCAAAGGAAAUAGUUGAGCUACUGGAAUGUGUCCUCAUGAUAUUGCCACAACUCUGCAGCAGCAUAGCAUGAUAGAUAAAAGAGAAGAUAGAUUUGUAAUUAUUAGAAGAGAGAAGCUGAUUUCAAGUCAUAUGGAGAAACUGAAAGCAAACCCGCGUAUUAAUGAAGUAGAUCCUGAAAGCUUGAGAUGGACUCCUCUGUUAGUUUCUAAUGCUGCAGUUUCUGAAGAAGAGAGAGAAGCAGAAAAGGAGGCUGAGCGUCUGAUGGAGCAAGCUAGCUGCUGGGAAAAGGAAGAGCAAGAGAUAUUCUCCACAAGAUCUAACAGUAGGCAAUCACCUGCAAAAGUACAAUCUAAAAAUAAAUAUUUGCGAUCUCCAGAAAAUGUGGCAGUGGUGGGGGAACGAGGGCAAUCCACAGAGCAAUCUAAGGAGAGCAGCGAGGAGGAUGGUGGGGAUGAGAGUCGGCAGAGUUCGCCUCCCCGGCUGACAAAGCCACAGUCACUGGCCAUGAAAAGAAAGAGACCUUUCCUACUGAAAAAGAAAAGAGGUCGUAAACGCAGAAGGAUUAAUAGCAGUGUUACAACAGAGACUAUUUCUGAAACUACAGAGGUGUUGAAUGAGCCAUUUGAUAACUCAGAUGAGGAACGUCCCAUGCCACAGCUGGAGCCAACCUGUGAGAUGGAUGGGGAAGAUGAUGACUUGAAGCCUGUGAUUAGAAAAACUUUUGAGUAUCAGUCUGGGCAGCAGAAACAGGAGAAGGAGGAAGAGCAGAAAAAAGAGGAGAAAGACAUUCAUUGCCUCAGGAGUGAUGACCGCUGUACAGAUAAUACAGAAGAUGUAGCUGUAUUGGAAGAAAGCACUAAAGACAAUCUUGAACCUUCAAAGAGUAAGCAGGGUUGGCCCAAAGGAAUUAAGCGUGGUCCGUCUAAGUGGCGGCAAAACAAAGAAAGAAAACCUGGCUUUAAGCUUAAUUUAUACACUCCACCUGAGACUCCUAUGGAGCCUGACUAUCAGCUGCUGGUGGAGGAACAAAAGGAAGUAGCUGAAGAUAAGCCUUGCCCAGUUCCUGCUGUUACAGAGGAAGAGAUUAAAGAGCCUGUUGAUGUAUUACCACCACCGGAUGAUGAGGUAAAAGAGGUAGAACCUGAACCUUUGCAUCCACCUGGUGAACCCUAUGAAAAACAAGAAAAUGAUGCAGUGGAACCUGGAGAGAAAGAAAGGAAUGUAGAAGACAGUGAAAUAAAUUCAAAAGAUCCAGAAAAAGAUAAACCAGAAGAGGAUUUUCUGCAAAAAGAAGAGUCCAUGCACUUGGAUGAUCAUGAUGAGGAAGAGGAAGAUGAUGAAGAACCUUCUCACAAUGAAGAUCAUGAUGCAGAUGAUGAAGAUGAUAGCCACAUGGGUUCAGCUGAAGUGGAGAAAGAGAAUUUACCUGCCGAAGCUUUCAAAGAAAUGUUGGAAACACAGCAGUCUUUUUUAGACGUAAAUGUUCAGACUGGUAAUUCAAAUCAGGAGGACUUGAUGGAUUGUGGCGUUGACCUUGCAGCUGACGAGUGUGAAAGUGACCAGAAAGAAGUAGCUACAGAUUCAGAUCCAGUGCCGGAAUCUGAUGAUGAUCAUACUGAAAACAACCAGGACCAAAAAGCUGGUGAAGAAUUACAUUCCGAUUUCAAGGGAGAGAGUAAUGAGACUAUGGAGAUUGAUUCUGAGACAGUUCAAGCUGUACAGUCUUUAACUCAAGAAGCAAGUGAACAGGAAGAUACCUUUCAGGAUUGUGCAGAGACUCAGGAGGCCUGUAGAAGUUUGCAAAACUAUGCCCGUACAGACCAAAGCCCCCAAAUGACCACGCUGGAUGAUUGUCAGCAGUCUGACCAUAGCAGCCCAGUUUCCUCCGUGCACUCUCAUCCCAGCCAGUCAGUUCGUUCUGUUAAUAGUCCAAAUGUUGCUCCUUUAGAGAGCAACUAUGCUCAGAUCAGCCCAGAUCAAAGUGCCAUUUCCGUGCCAUCUCUACAGAAUAUGGAGACAAGCCCAAUGAUGGAUGUUCCCUCAGUUUCUGAUCAUUCACAACAAGUUGUGGAUAGUGGCUUUAGUGAUUUAGGAAGCAUUGAGAGCACAACAGAAAACUAUGAAAACCCAAGCAGUUAUGACUCUACGAUGGGUAGUAGUAUCUGUGGAAACAACUCUUCACAAAAUAGUUGCUCGUACAGUAGCCUUACAUCUAGCAACCUAACACAGAGUAGCUGUGCAGUGACGCAGCAGAUGUCCAAUAUUAAUGGAAGCUGUAGUAUGAUGCAGCAAACAAGCAUUAGUUCUCCUCCCACUUGUAACGUGAAGUCUCCGCAAGGCUGUGUUGUUGAAAGGCCCCCAAGCAGCAACCAGCAGUUAUCUCAGUGCAGCAUGGCCGCUAAUUUUACACCACCUAUGCAGUUAACUGAAAUCCCUGAGGCUGGCAAUGCCAACAUUGGCUUGUAUGAAAGAAUGGGUCAGAGCGAAUUUGGACCAGGACACUACUCGCAGCCAUCGGCCACCUUCAGCCUUGCCAAACUGCAGCAGUUAACUAACACGCUUAUGGAUCAUUCUUUGCCUUAUAGCCAUUCUCCUGCUGUGACUUCCUAUGCAAACAGUGCCUCUUUGUCCACCCCCCUAAGUAAUACAGGGCUUGUUCAGCUUUCUCAGUCUCCACAUGCUGUUCCUGGAGGACCACAAGCACAGGCUACUAUGACUCCUCCCCCCAACCUUACUCCUCCUCCCAUGAAUUUGCCACCUCCCCUUUUGCAGCGUAACAUGACUUCAUCGAAUAUUGGAAUAUCCCACACCCAAAGACUGCAGACUCAGAUGGCCAGCAAAGGUCAUGUUUCUGUAAGAACCAAAUCUGCACCUCUGCCACCUGCUGCAGCGGCCCAUCAGCCCCAGAUUUACGGCCGUGCGUCACAAACUGUGGCCAUGCAAGGGCCCACACGGACCUUAACAAUGCAGCGUGGUAUGAACAUGAGCGUAAACUUGAUGCCAGCCCCAGCUUAUAAUGUCAAUUCAGUGAACAUGAAUAUGAAUACCCUUAAUGCUAUGAAUGGUUAUAGUAUGUCCCAGCCGAUGAUGAAUAGUGGAUAUCACAGUAAUCAUGGGUAUAUGAAUCAAACUCCCCAGUACCCUAUGCAGAUGCAGAUGGGGAUGAUGGGAACUCAGCCAUAUGCACAGCAGCCAAUGCAGACAGCACCCCACAGUAACAUGAUGUACAGUCCUCCGGGGCAUCAUGGCUACAUGAACACAGGCAUGUCUAAACAGUCUCUUAAUGGCUCCUACAUGAGAAGGUAGGCCCUUUGGAGUGACAGACUACCAAACUGGCGUAUUGGAUUGAUCUGCACAAAUAUCUUUUGGAGAGUACGAUUUCAAAACCAGCAAUUGGUGUGAACGCAAAAACAUUUGUUGGCACCAUUUAAAAGCUGUAUGCAGCAGAAAGCCUUAUACGAGUUUUUCUUUUUUCUUUUUUCUUCUUUUUGUUUGUUUGUUUUGCUUUAUCAUUUUGGGAUUUCUUUUUCUUUUCUUUCGGGGGGGGAUAGGGUGAUUUUCCAUUUUUCUGUUAAUUUCACUGAGCUUGAAAUUCUCUGGAAAGGAAGAACUCUUUCUAUGAACUGCAAUUACACAGCAGCUGAUGGUUCAGAGCCAUUUUAUGUGCCUGCUCCCAUUAAAAAUGCGGAUAAAUAGACUCCAAAACUAUCAGACAGUACUGAAUCUUGAGCUUUUCUUUCUCCUUUCCCCACGUGUAAAUGCCUUUUAGCAAUUCUUUUAUUGUAUCAUUUUGUUUCUGAAGGUGACACUUCCGCAUGCCGCUAAUGUCUUUGUUAGUGACAGUGCAUUUUGUAGUACUGUACAAGUGUUGUGCUUAACAGUAAGCCAUUUCUUAAGUUUUUUGCCUUGAUUAGGUUACCCUAGUUUGAGGGUAAAAAAAAAAACAAAACAAAACACAGAACUAUAUUUUUGUUAAUUAUAAAACUUGUAAAAAAAAAUAAUAAUAAUAAAAAAAAAAGCUGCGAAAGCUAUUCACAUUUUGGUUAGUUCAAAAGGUUUUAUUGCUGUAUGUUUAGUGUAAAGUUGAGACUCUUUUCCAUUUUAGUGACCAGUUUCUUUGGGGCCGGGGUAGGAAAAAAGGCAGCUUUCUGUUUUAUAAAUACUGUUUUGGGUUUUUGUUGAUUGAAACAUCUCAGUGUUUAUUUGUCGAGUUUUGAAACACUUUCAUAUAUGUCCAAAUACUUGGCAGGAUUAAAAAAGAAAAAGAAAAAAAAAAUAGUGAAUUUGGUGUAAAGUUGCUAUUUUAUGGAAAUGCCUCUAACUUUACAUUUUCAUUCCAUCUGUAGAUUUUUCUAUCUUUAUAAAAUAUUGGAGUUAUUUUUUAAGGGAAAAAAAAUAGAGCAGUAGCAUGUGAAUAGCUCAAACUAAGCUUACAGAUCGCAUGUAAAAAGGCAAAAGUUAUUUGUGUCUGUUUAUAUUGCUUCCUUUUUUGUAGCCUUUGUACCUGUACAGAGUGACUGUAAGGGCCGAACAGAAGAGGCUUGAUACAUGUAAAAAUAGGACCCAGUGACACUCUUGUAUUUAUCUGUUAUCUUUUUAGUCAGUCACUUAAAACAACAAAAGAAAGCAAACAACAACAGCAACAAAAAAAAAAAA